AUGAACACUCUGCUGGGCACACCAGAGCCUUCAGCCGUUGCAGGAAACGAAGGUGUCGCAGAAGUCAAAGGCGAUUGGGUGAUCAUGAAGCAUACGGGGCAAGGAACUUGGUGCACCCACAAGGCACUCGAUGAGAGCCAACUCCUAAAGAUCGAUGACAAGGAAGGCCUGACUCCUUUACAGGUGGGCACUGUCUCCGUCAAUCCAUGCACGGCAUAUCGAAUGCUGCUUGAUUAUGGCAAAUGGAGUUUCAGAGAAGAUGAGUGGUUCAUUCAGAACGGUGCCAAUAGUGGUGUUGGUCGGGCUGCUAUUCAGCUUGGGCGAGAGUGGGGGUUCAAAAGCAUCAACGUAAUUCGAGGUCGAGAGGACAAGACCGAGGAGGAGAAGCUGAAGAAAGAUCUGUAUGAUCUUGGAGCCACUCAUGUGAUUACCGAGGAAGAGUUGCUCGGGAGAGAGAUCAGAGACAAAGUCAAAGAGUGGACAAGAGGUGGUCGGGAACAAAUCAAGGUUGGCUUGAAUUGUGUAGGUGGAAAGCCUGGCACGGCUCUUGCAAAAUUCUUGAGCCCUGAGGCUUCUAUGAUCACCUAUGGUGCCAUGAGCAAAAAGCCACUCGAACUUCCAGCUUCGUUAUUGAUUUUUAAGAACAUCAACUUUACCGGCUUCUGGGUGAGCAAGUGGAGCGACAAGCACCCGGAUCAGAAGAAGCAGACUGUCGAUGAUGUGUUACGUUUGACCCGCUCGGGGAAGUUUAAAGAUAUACCGGUCCAAGAAUGUAAAUGGGACCGAGACACAGACCUUGAUAUGCUGAAAUCGGCGGUUCAAGGUACCCUUGGCGGCUUUCGAGCAGGUAAGGGUGUCUUUGUCUUUGGCGAAACAUAA